GCUCGGUUUGGGUGAGCAUUUUGUUAAGAAAAAUCUCUGAAGCUCUUCUGCUAUUAAUUUCUGAAACUUCGGAGAAAGAAGAUGGUGGAUUUGUUGCAGAGCUCAACUAGAAAUAGGUUUCAGACGGCCGUGUGGGCCGUGAAGCUCGGUUUUCUUUUCAUCGGAAUCGUAUCCACUGUUCUGCUACUUAUGCUCGCAGUACCUUACUCUGUGAAUGCCAUCCUCUCCGCCAUUCCACGACUCUGGAUUUCACUCCGUAGCUGGUUAGCUCCUCCGUAUCUCUACAUCGUCGUUAAUUUUAUCAUCAUCAUUAUUGCAGCUUCAUCGAGCUUUCAGCAGAAACAUUGGAGGAAGAACAGCGAAGAAGUUGUCGUUGAAGCAGAGAAGCAAAAACGAAAUGAUCUCGGUUCAGAUUCUUCGUCUUUGGCAUCUGAUCAUCGUAAAACCUCGAUGUAUAUAUGGCCCGAUAUGGAAGAGAUUCCGCAGGAUACCAUUGAGAAAGCGUUAGUUUCUGUUGAAAAAUCACUGGAGACUUGUUUUGAUGUCUCUUGGUUGACGGAUUUCGACGAGAAAACAACACCGGAUCUUUCUGUUUCCUCUCGCUUCGAUGCCAGAAAACUGUCGGAGACAAGCCGGAGAAUCGAUGGUUCGGAGGCGGCGGCGGCGCCACAGAAGGCGACGAAGUCACUAGGGUUAACGAAACCGAAGAAGCAGGAUGACGAUGAUGAUGAUACGAUGGACGCUACGUGGAAGAUGAUCACCGAAGGGAAAGGAAAGCCAUUGACACGGCAGCUGAAGAAGAGUGAGACAUGGGACGUUCCACCUCGUGUGAACGAUCCUAAAUCGGAGCUGGACUCGUCAUCAGGGGUGACGAAUCGGAAGGAGUUGAGGAAGUUGGAGACCUUCAAUGAUGCUUCAUCAUCAUCGGCAACGUUGAUGAGGGGUGGUGGUGGUGGAGGACUGCGAAGGGAAAUAUCGCUGAGUCAUGAUGAAUUGAAUCACCGAGUGGAAGCGUUCAUUAAGAAGUUCAAGUUGCAGAGGCAGGAAUCGGAUAAUCGUUACAUGGAGAUGGUCAAUCGUGGAGUCUAUUAAUGUGAGAGAUUGUCUACUCAAUAAAUGGUAGUACGUGCUCAUCAAUUUUUCGACCGUCGGAUUGGAAUAACGGAAUCAGCUGGACAGUCUAGAUUGAUGGGAUUUCUGCUGGCUUGCCUG